AUCAAUAUCCGUGCCAUUCUACCACGGAUAGUGUAAUAACUGAAAGCGCCUCUAGACCUUCAUGUUACUUUAACCAACGAAAAUGUCAGAUUUUUAUUAAUCGUCACGAGUUUCUGUAUUUUCUUUUACUGCGCUCCUGUAGAGGACCAUUCAUUCCCAUUAGACCAUUUAAAUCUCACGGUCCACUUCACGGUAACGUCUGGUCAGCUCACUGGUGCGACUAAGAGUGGUGGAACUGUCCUCUAGGGGGCAGCAGGUGGGGACGGCCGUGCGGAGGGAAUUCACUCAUUCAUUGGCAGGUCAAGUUGCCGUAGUGUUUUUUUAAUACAGCGCUGUAUUCAUACAAGGCAAAAGGUCUUAUUUAAAUCUAUUAUUUGCCAUCUACUGUUUUCUUCCUCUUCGUAGCGCACGUGAAAUCUAUCUCCAGGUCUAAACCAUAUGCAAGACAUUGACAAACCAGUGGAAGUGUGAAAUGAUGACGCUGUGCCGGUUGUUGUGCGGGAAAGGCGGUUCUGCGGCGGUGUAAGUGCGGGCUGAGAGCGGAAACCGCCUAGUAAGGGUUAACGGCGGAGCGCGUCCCCGGCACCGCGAACCGGGGAGCUGCUGUGUGCGCGCAUCAUAACAAGCAGACAGCCGGCACUGCGCCCAACCCGACGGCUCAGGGAGGACCUCCAACACUCCUCACUGUCCACCGUCCGCCGGGCUGCUGGAGAUUCCCAGGACCGCGUCUGAUGCGCAAACCCGGCGGGGAUCCGGGGCAAUUUAACAGGCAUAUCGGACGCUGUUGAAAGAGUUUCCCGUCAGACCACAGCCGCGUAUCCUCCACUGUGCAGAUGUUUUAAUUUUAUUUAGAAAACGUGUUGGCAUACAUGGUAUAUAAUAUACGCGCGGUUUCUAGCGGAUGGGUUAAGGGGGAAAAUAAUAUUUCUAUGAAAAGCUUUAAAGGGAUUUAAAUUUUUCUUUUUCCUUUGGCAACCUGUUUGGUUAAUUGAACAAGUGAGCGGUGUUUUUCCUCUGCUGAAAUACUGGCAGUAAACACAGAUGGAGCUGCGUGUUUCUGACUGAGGCUCUGUGUGUAUCUCACGCACACAAACCCAGAAUCCUUCUCCGGACACCCCCGCAGUGUUUUCAAUAACACGUUAAGCGAAAAGCUGCACCGGCUUGACCUGACGGCGGUGUUUGGCUGCACGGAUCGGGUGCAGUGUGUGUGUGUGUAUCUAUGUGUCCCACCUCUGUGUAUUGCUGUUUCGGGUGCUGAAAUCAGCGGAUCCCCCUCAUCUACCGGCUUCUGGUCAUUCGUCCGGACUUGAAUCAAUUGGACUGCAUAAUGCUCCGUGCAAUCACAGAUUUCUUAAUUGCAUUUAAUAUCAUUUCGUCAUGAAUGAAGAACACUUCGGCUGUUGUGGGAGUUAUUUUUCUUGGACAAGGUGACGGAUUCGGCAGACUGAAAAUCGCCUGUUUUUUUACACCACGUUGAUGAUUUUUUAUUUUUUUAAGGAAAUCUCUGAAUGACGGACACGAAGAUGAACUCGGUGGUGACACGUCUCGGGACCUCCUUUUAAUCGACUGGCAGAAGGCUUCACAGCGAAUCUUUCGUGCACCUUUACACUGCAUCUGAGGAGCCCCCUGGAGGUGACUGGCUGUCACUGCAGCAGAGUGGAAAAGGCUGUCCAGGCAGCAUCGUUGGAUGGCCUCCAGUCUGAACCAGUGCAACACUCAUGAGCUGAACUGUAAGGUGAGAUGGACACCCAGCGAGGGCAUUCACUUGAUCCUUCGCCGUGACCCCACUGUGAUCCCACCCGCUUUGCUACACCCACCAGCUGGCAGGGUGAACAGUGGGGUGGAUGUCCAGUCACACCAUAUGGAGGUCAAAGGUCACGUCAUUGCGGAUGUGGGUCUAGCAUCUGCAGCAGAUGCCCAGAGCUGCCUAGAUAGCAAGCAGCUUGCGGCACAGAUCGUGGAGCUGCAGGAAAGGCAGCGGACCCUGCAGGCCCUGCUUGAGAGCCGCCUCGGAGAGCUGAGAUGGGUCUGUCUGCUGGAGGCGAAGCUGACUGGGGAGCUUCCCAGUGAGUUUCCCUUGGGAGAAGGGGAAAAGGCUCCCCUUGUACAGAACAGAAUGUCAGAGUCUCACUGCGUUCCUGCUCAGAAGGAAGAGGAAGAGGUUUGUCAGCGGAUGCAGAAAAAGGGCCUGCUCAGUGUCGCCCUCCGUAGGCAGAAAGAGGCACAGCAACAAGGCAGACGGACUGUCCAUCGAGGCUGCCACACAGAUGAAGUAGUGAAGACAGAGCUGUCUGCACUGAAUUGCACAGGACAAGACCACGGGGAUUGGUCCCCUGGCCCCGCCCAGGACCACCAACUGGCCUCUGGCCCGUGCAUGACCCCGGGGAGCCCUGACAAGCGGGUCUGCAGGAAACCUUCUCCUGUGGAGGCCUACGGCGAGAUGAGGCCCCGCCGUGGCUCCCUAGCCAGCUCUGACAGCCCGAGUCAGUCCCUCGCUCAAGGCGCGUCCAACACAGAGGGCAGGAGUGUCCCAGCUACGCCCCUGUUGUCCCGGCCUGUGCUCAGCAGCGUCCACUGGAGGUCCGAAGUUUUGGGUGGACCUGGGGUAGAGUGGACCACAGAUGGCCUGGAGUUUUCUCAGGGGGUGGGUCCAUUUCCUGGCUCGGUCCAGCACGGGGGGGCAAAGGCGCGUCGCAGUACCAGCUCAGAGGCCUUGUUGGAUCGUUCUGCCUACAUGGAGGAGGGACGGCGCCGGGCCGGGAUGCCGCCGCGGGGCGGGCCCUAUCGGAGCUCUGAGACUCUGACGGAUGGGCGGUCCCGACGCGGAGUCGCCGACGUCUCAGCAGGGCAAGGCAGGGCACGACCACCACUGGCUGCCCGCACAGUGGGAGGGGCCCACAGUUCCGCUCUCACUGACUGCACGUGGGGUAGGCGGCCUAAGGCGCCCCCCCAGCCACACCGCCAGCGGCAGCCAUCGGGGGGACCCGAGGACCGGUCCUCUCCAGGGUCAACUCCCAACGCACCUAAUGGUGACAGUUGCGCCCCCCCCGCUCAUGGCCUGCCGGGGGAGCUGCGACGAGCCAAGGUGACCAGGACCAAGUCCUGUGGGCCUCUUCUCUCCCAGCACCAGCAGGGGGUGCUCCUGUGCUCAGGACACCCCGACUCGCCCCUUGGCGGGGCCCCACUUGCCCGCAGGCCCCUGCGUUUCCCGAGCGCCGACGGCCCCCCGCGCGGUCUGCACAAGGCUCUGGCGCUGGAGGGUCUCAGAGACUGGUACCUGAGGAACAGCCUGAGCCACAUGACGGGCCCCGGCUCCGGCCUGCCCCGGCGGCCCAACCCCUCUCUGCACGGCUCUCACCCUCACCCACUGACACACCAGUCCCAGUCCCUGCAGUCUGAACAGGCCUACCUGCACCUACACAGCCCGCAGGUACACCUGUCGGCAACGUUUCAUGGACACCUGCUACACGGCAGGUCAAUGGAGUUCUCACUGUACCAGGACCUUGAGUCCAGUGCUGAUUCACCGGCUCCCGGGACUUUGGUUUAAGACACACAUGAGUCCCUGAACAUGCAGACUCACAUUAAGGGGGGGGGGAUAUACCUAGGUAUAGCAAGUGGGCAGGACCUGUCAUGGAUCAGCAUUCCUGCCCCAUUUGCAGAUCAGUAACGACUCACCCCCCCCCCCAACCAGAGAUUAUGGGUAACCCUACAAAAUCAAGUGUGUGUGUGUGUGUGUGUGUGUGUGUGUGUGUGGGUGGUGGGGGGUCGUCCUGAAGCUGGUGAAGAACUAGGAGGUAAUCCCCACCCUUCCAAGUCCAUUGCCACCAUACUGUUUACACUUUCAUUAAAAAAAUAAGUCUAUGUAUGAGGAUGGUACAGGCAGGUACAGAUAGGAUGCAGAUGA